GAAGCGGCGUCCGGACGUCUUGGAACCUCGUCUGACAACGGGAUGUAACCGCGAGCCGUGGGGAUUUGAUGGGGGAUGCGCUGAUCCCUCGAGUUAAGGGUGAGCAGAUUGACUGCAUCACAACGGGCCGGAUCGCAAGCUCUGCAGGUCCCUGUGAUGUUGACCACUUCUGCCAGUACCAGUCUGAGAGGGGGGCAGCGUCCAUCCCUGCCAAUGUCCGGCCCGUGUCACCUCCCCCCGCUUUACCAGGAGCGUACUCCCAGAGCAUCCAAAGAGCCACACUGGGAAGAGAGAAGAGCGGGUGACAGGGACCUGGACACUGAUACUUGCAGGCCAGGGAGUUUCACGAGUCACGUCAAAGCGCGUUGUGGACAGACGUUGGUUUUGGCCACCCGUUCAGGAGAGGAUCGUAUGGAGUCAGAGGCUGUCCCACUCAGUGCCUGUCACAAAAGUGGACACGUGGACUCUGGUAGAACUAGACAAAUGAAUGGAAGUACUUCAGAAGUGCAGUGUGUUCACAUGGACGAUCACGUCGUCAAAUGUAGCUCUCAAGAUAAGGAUGUAGCGACAGGUGUGACCUCGGAUUCUGUGGCGCACCCUGUUGGCCCGGUGGUGGAAGGGCUGGGUUCGCUGGAGCGUCUCCUGACGGCCCACCAGGAGGAGAUGAAGCGGCUGCUGGCGGGGAGCCUGGGGCCCGUGUGCAGGCGGCUGGAGGCAGUGGAGCAGCGGGUGGGCCAGUUGUGUGAGCAGAGCGCCACCCAUAGCACUGACAUGGCACUGCUGAGUGGCCGCAUGGAUGCGUUCUGUGACAGGCUGAUGGCAUCGCAUGUCACCGUGACAACAGGCGCCAGAACCAGUGUAUGGGAGGGAGGAGAGAGAGCCGCCCCCGGCGAGCUGGCGUCACGGAGAUCGCAUCCCUGUGGCAACCCGGUUGCUGUGGAAACGGACACGGAUGAGGGAAGCGUCGGGGAGCUGGGCAGUGGCUCGGGCGAAGCUGAGGCGUCACGACAUGAAAUAGGGGGCAGCGGGGAGGAUGUGAUGGGGGACACAGAGCCCCUGGAAACGAGGACGCCUCCUGCGGGGACAUCAGUGCAGUGCAUGCUGGGGAACUAUUCACCCGUGUCGGAUUUCGAAGACCUGGAGGAGGAGCUGGGUACCCAGGAGGUGACUGAUUGUGGGGUGUGGCCAGAAAACGUGGGGCUGGAGGCUCCAAAAGCCGCAGCCUGUGAGGAGACCCCCGCUGUAGUGCAACAGACUGUCACUGGGAGCACCACUGAGCCAGCUACCUGCCCCGGAUCCUGGGCGGAGUGGCAGGGAUCUCGCGUCCAGCGGUCCGGACCUCCUUUGGAGAUCCAGGUAUCUUCUAACCCGGUCGAGUCCUCCACGGAUCCGUCUGCCUCGGCCCCUAACGAGAUGAGGACAUUUGAGCCGGAUAGUGCGCUCGAUGACCUGUCACCCCCGUUGGCCAACAUGGAGGACCGCAUGGUUGAACACGCGUCUACAAAAGACUUUCUCUCGUUUGCUGGGCCGGUGGCAGAAUCCUCAGCCACAUUCAUGGUCCUGGCUGAACCAUGUGGGGUUCGAACGGCCCCUCCAUCCCCCCAGCCAAUGCUUGUGCAGUUCCAUAGGCCCGGUUCUGUGGAGGGGAGCGGCGGGAGGACUGAGAUCCCAGAGGGCUUGGCGACAGACUGCCAAGAACCAGGAACCAUGGAAAAUAGGGAGGAAACGACAGGGCUGAUGAGCGGGGAAGCGGCAGAAGCAUCAGUAUGUGCUGUGGCGUUACCUUUGUCGUCGGACAGCAAUGCCUGGAGUCGGCCAGCAGAGGGAGCCUGCUGGCAGAGCAAAGGCCUUAGCGAUGGAAAUGAGGUGCAGUGGGGAGGGCAGGAAAUUAAAAUGUGGACCAGUCCCUAUUUCAAGCCCCGGACCUGGAACACGCAGGGGGCGCAGACGUUGCCGCUCUGCUCGUAUGCGCAGCUGGGACGCAGGUGUAGCAAGCCAGCCCUUGGCCCCCACCUGGAAUGCACUUUAGCCAACGCACUGCUGCCCCAGCGUGCGACCGCCAAAGCACCCGAGGGAGGCGUCCUGCUCCCUGCUGCCCUCCCUGUCGCUCCCUUCCGCCCCCCGCUCACCCCCCUCCCCGGCCUUGCUAACAAUGCCCACAAGCUGCUCAUUCUUGGCGUCGGUUCCUUGCCCCAUGAGAGCCGCCCUCUGCUGCAGUACUUGUCGGAGAUCGCCAGGCGCCUGUUCCCCCACAUCCAGUCCCCCGAGCCGCUGUCCGCCGUGUGCCGCAGCACCCCCUACAGGCUGCGGGGUGUAUGCCCAUCCUUUGGCGCCCGCCUCAAGCACUGCUGGAGCCUGCAGCGGCCAUCGGCCAGGCACUCCCAGCUGAAGGGGACGAAUCUGGCCCACGGCUCGGCUCUGCCAGACCUGGACACCGGAGCGAUCCGGUCGUGGAAGCCGCUGGUGACAGUGGGGAGUCUGCUGCUGACUCCGCUGGAUCUUGGUCCCUUCAUGCCACGCUGCCCCUCGCAGGGGGAGGUCCUGGAGGUCCUGCCUCCGCCCAGCCUGUCCCAGCUGUUCCAGGCUGCCGCCGGCCCCCCCACCGCCUCCCCAUCGACCCCACUGAGCCGAGGCUGCUUCUAUAAGCCCGGCCUGCACACGGCCCUGGCGCUGUCCUCGCCAGCCUCUCUGCAUCUCCUGGCACGGCAGCGGCGCCCCCACCCACUAGCGCCCCCCGGGUCCUCCAGCCCACACUGUGCCCUCAGCCGCCUCCUGCCGUCCCGAGACACGCUGCCACCCCUAGCGCCUCUCGCCGACCACACUGGCCUGUCCGGCAUGGACGACGACCACAGCUAUUCCUGGUGCUCCGGUCAAGAUGUCCAUCCCGACAGGACUUCCGCAGAAAUGAGCAGUGCGAUCAGCCUUUUGGACAGUCCAGCGCCCCCCACUGGACUGGAGCUGCCCCCUAGCGUGAGCCCCAGCAUGCCUAACGGCGACACAAGAGAGAUGGCCCACAGCUUCCGUGACCGCACCGAGGUCGAGUUUCCCGUACUGCCUUCUUGCAGGUCGAUGGAGGAGGGGGCACCGUUCGAAAAGGUCGUGGGUCCUCAGCCUGACCCACGUUCCAAGAGGGUCUCCCAGAUCCGCAUCCGCAAGACCGUCCCCAAGCCGGACAAUAACCUCACCCCCAUGGGGCUUCCCAAACCAAAGAGACUGAAGAAGAAGGAAUUCAGCUUAGAGGAGAUUUACACCAAUAAAAAUUACCGCUCCCCUACUGGCAACAGGUCCCUGGAGACCAUUUUCGAGGAGCCCAAGGAGAAGAAUGGGGCGUUGGUGUGCAUCGGGCAGCAGAAGCGCAAGCGUGUCUUAGACUUCCCCGACUUCACGCUGCCGCGAAAACGGCGGGCACGGGCCGGGGUGGGGCCAACACGGGUGAAGGUCACACGGGGGCGUGGCCGCAGGGAUCGUCCCGAUGAUGCCGACCUCGACGUCAUGCUGAUCGAGAGACUCAGCGAGCUGGAGGAUUACUUCUCCCGCCAGGGGUUGGAGGACUGAGCGGGCUAUGCCAGUACGGAAUGUUCUGGAUCUUACCCUGAGUGUGUUAGCCGAACCCUAAAGCUCGGCUCGUAAUAGGAAAUGAGAGUGAGUCUGUGUUUUCAUAAGCUGUUCUGCUCUGAAACACUUUGUGUCCAUGAAGCCACACAAGUCACAGUAUUGAGAGAGCAACACAAAGACUGCACUCUUUAACACUUUUUUGCUAGAUAGCCUCUCGCCUCUUAGCCGAGCCGUGGAAUCGUGAGACACGCGAUGUCUAGCGUCGUUCCGUUUUCACCAGAUCCGACGCAAAUGGCCGACCAGCUAGUGCGUAUGUUGGAUUUUGGAGAGAUGCGGCUUAAUAUCUGGCUUAGAUUUUAGGUGUUAAACCCGAUGACACAGGAGAAUGUUAAUAUUUACAUGCAGUCACAUAACAGGCUUUUUAAAAGCAGUGCACGCGCAUGGCGUGAUGCGUACAUAACAUGUUACAGAUGCUGUUGCUUCGUUCCUGCAUUUUCUUCCGACUUGCCUCCCCCCACAUCCCCCUGGCCCACCACCACCUUGCGAUGUCCAGCUGCUGGGGUCUCACAGGGUAUCUGUCCACAGUUGGGAGGUGCCAGUCCCUCUCCCCCCGAACCGUGCCCCUCCCACCCUGUUUUCCAAACCUGUGUCGCAGCUGGUGCAGAAGUUAUCAUGUCCAUGGACAGAUACUUGAAGGACAUCCAAAGCGUCUAUGUCCGGACACUCAGACCUUAGGAGGUGGGACAUACUUGGAUAUGUGGGUGUAACAGAGACUCCAGUGAGUCUGUAGGGUUUGGUGAAAAGGUGUUUUUAUUGUAGUAUCUGGGGAAGCCAACGUCUUCCACUUCCAUUGUAUUUGCUGCAGUGUGGUUUGUGGUAUAGGAAUGCCCCCCCCCAUCUGCAUUUUAUCUGCCAUUUUGACAGCUGCCUGUCAUUUCUAGCAACUGUAAAAGCCAUUAAAAGCUUAUAAAUAUAGUCAUCCCCUUAAUGAGUAUUGUACCCGUAAGAAUUGGUUCCCUGGAAUUGUGAAGCCUGUUGGUUUUAAUGCUGGAAUUCGGGGGGGGGGGGGCAUUUACUCUGGGAUGAUACCUGCUUUGUCGUUCACCUCGUUCACCCCUGCAUUGGCUGAGUGAAACGUGUAGUGGUGCAGGACUUUUUGCAGUUGCAUCCCUAUGCCUAUAGGCAUCACGCAUGCACUUUUUUCUGAAAAUUCAUUGGCACGUGUAUUAGUGCAUCAUUGGCAACGUUACCUUUCUGGUCGGUUCCCAUUUUCAGAUUCUAUCAUGGGUGGUAUCCACAGGUUUAAUAGAUGCCAUUAUUGCAAACACUGCAGAAGUGUUUCAAUGCCAAAACUAAUUAGCGUGGGUUUUACGCUAAAUAACCAGAAUGCCUGGUUAUGAGUCAUUUGUCAGUCGGUUAUAAGUGAGAACUGUCAAGUGACAGUUUUCUCAGCGAGACGGCUCUCUGGGCGAGACCUCAGGAAGCAGCCUUGUGUUGACCCUGCCAUAUUAAGCACAGGUAUUUGGAUGGUUUGUGCACCUGAGAAGCUGUAAUGAAAGUAUACAAAAGCCAAUUAGAGAACUGCAGUAUGUUUCCUCCCUAUUUCCUUUAGAUUAGGGGUGUCAAACUCCAGUCCUGGGGGGCCGGAGCCCUGUGUAACUUAGUUCUUUUCCUGUUCCACCACAAAUGAUUCAGCUCAAGAGCUGUGUGGUAAUUAGCACAAGAAGUUGAAUCAGGUGUGUUAAAUGAGGGGAAACCCAAAAAUGUGCAGGGCUCUGCCCCCCCAGGACUGGAGUUUGACACCCCUGCUUUAGCUUAUGCCUCACUCCAAGUAUCAAAGAUGAGCAAAGACCCCCUUUGCUGACGUGCCUGUUGUGUGUGUGUGUGUGUGUGUGUGUGUGGUGGUGAUCCCUUUUGCUUAAUGCUGCUAUCCCCCCCAUCCCUGAGUGCUGAGAUUUAAGAUCUGCUGACUAAUGCAUACAGUACAAGUAGGAACUUACCUACGUAUCGAAGGUGUCAUAUGUGGGAGGGAGAUUAACUUUUAAUUUUCCACCCAUGUGUCUCUGACGGGUGUUUGCAAACUGCGUUGGCAGUUUAAUGCCGAAAUGUGCCUGAGGCAACCGCAGUGCAGUAAAAAGAGAGGGUGGACCGUUUGUGUCACUGCAUGCGUCAUUCCUGUCAGUGCACGCUGUGAUUUACUGUGUAGCACAUCUGCUUUUAAGUGACAGGUAAAAUUUACACUGAUGAACAUGAAUUUACACUGAUGAACAUGAAUUUACACUGAUGAACAUGGUCUUUUCCAGAGAUUCUGGUGGAAAAGCUUUGGCGCCGGGUUAAUGAGCAUCAUGUCCUGUAAAAUACAUCUAGUCCCAUCUUGUUUCAUACCAGCCGUACACACUUUGUGAAAAGAGCAGACCUGUACGCAGGUCUUUCAUCAGUAUAGCGACUUACCUUUCAUUGCUGGUAGGGCUCCAAGUUACCUACAUUGGUAUCGACUCAAAUCCAGUUUUGGGGCAGUGGCUCAGUGGGUUAGGACACUGUGCUUGUGAUCGGAAGGUUGCUGGUUUAAAUCCCAGUCUCAGCAGAGUGAUCUCGCCAUCGGGCCCUGGAGCAACUUUAGGCAUCAAGAUCCAGCUACAGUACAGUCUCGCAGAGGUUCAUUUUGGCACUGAGGGUGUUUAAACCCCCUCCCCCCCUUUAAAUGUCCCACACCUAGAUCUUUGUAUGUGUUGAAGUGAUUUUUUUUUUCCUGCUGAUCAACCCCAAAGAGUCACAUACCUGUUAAAUAUUGCCGUGUGUUUGUCUCUGUAGCAGAACUUGAUACACAUGGUGCGUAUGUGAGUGUUUGAGGUUAGUGUGUAGUUACUCUAUGCUAAGCACCUUGUACUGUGUUGUCAGUCAUAACAGCUAUGCUGUGUGUAUCAAAUAUAAAAUACUUGUGAUAGUGAUACAUUUUAAAUCAUGUGAUUGAUUUGAAUAUUUGUAUUUGGUUGUCAUCAAUUGCCUGUUAAUUUACCUUUUUUAAUCGGCACAGACCAACACUAAGCAUUAGUAUUGUUAAUAACUGUGAUUUUAAUUUUUAAUAAAAUGAAUAAAAUGUUAAAUUACCUUUA